AUGACUGCCAAUGGAGUGAACGGGGUGAAUGGAGGUGACUCACGGCCGGUGUUCUUCUUUGACAUUGACAACUGUCUUUACUCCAAAGAGUGCAAUAUUCACGAUGAGAUGCAGAAGUUGAUCAAUAAGUUCUUCUGCAAGCACCUUGAUCUUACCCCGGACGAUGCGCAUAUGCUGCACCAGAAAUACUAUAAGGAGUACGGUCUUGCCAUCGAAGGUCUAACCCGCCACCACAAGAUUGACCCACUCGAGUUCAACUACGAGGUGGAUGAUGCCCUCCCCCUGGAAGCAAUCCUAAAGCCAAAUCCCAAACUGCGCGCUCUGCUGGAGGCACUGGACACCACGAAAGUGAAGCCCUGGUUGCUCACUAAUGCUUACGUUAAUCACGGAAAGAAGGUGGUCAAGUUAUUGGGCGUUGAAGACCUAUUUGAGGGUAUUACGUAUUGUGACUAUGGUCAGCUGCCGUUGGUUUGCAAACCGAGCCAGGAUAUGUAUGCGAAGGCAGAGAAGGAGGCUGGAGCCCCCAGCACCGAAUCAUGCUACUUUGUCGAUGAUUCGUAUCUCAACUGCAAACAUGCAGCGGCUCGAGGCUGGUCGGUCGCCCAUUUCGUGGAGUCGGGAGUCCAAAUUCCGCCCAUCCCGGCAUCGAAAUACUUGAUCUCGAGCCUUGAGGAACUGCGUGUUCAUUUCCCAGAGGUCUUCAAGUCAUGA